CCCCAGGGCAGGAUUCUCUCUUGCCCACUGAUGCCCUGCUGCAUGUCAGUGUGGACACUCUCCUGAAGUACUGCUAUGCACUGUCAGGUCAGGAACCACUGCCAAGGAAGCUCCCCAGGCUGGGAUCCCCUGCCCAGGCACAGCAAGCCUGGAAGCAACACCUGGAGAACAGCCUCUGGCAGCUGAUCCACUUGGUCCUCUCUUUGGAGAAGUCCCUGGGCACCAAAGCCCCAUCUCCAGACUCCAGCACCAAGUCAGACCCAGGCAGCACCAAGGGGAGGGUGCAGGAAAUGGUCUCUGAUGGCAGCCUUUUAGCCCAGAAGGACAAGGCAAUGAUGAUCCCAUGCUAUGCACUGCUGGAAGGAAACUGUCUCUCAGUGGUGGUAACCCAGGCCUGCGGAAGAAAGAGUUUGUGUGACAGCCUUGGGUGCUGUCAUACAGACCUGUGCCCUGACUGUUUCUGCUUGCUGAAGAGGGACCAGUGUCAGGACAACCUGAACCUGAACCGUGUUCAUUGAGAACCAGGCACCUUCAAUGCCCACAUCAGCACUCAGGUCUCAGCCGAGCAGCAGGCUGCAGGCAGCACGGUGCCAGGAGUGCUGCAGGGCUCUCUUCACCCCUCCUGUUUGCAGAGCAGCUCCUCAGACACCUCGGAGCACUAUGGCACAGAGGUGUUCAGAGGGCUGGGGGGGAAGCACUUCAGUGGGAUGGCCAACCACGGCUGUGAGGACCCUCGUGCGACCCUCUGGCUGAAGGCAGAAUACACUGCCUUCCAAAACAGAGAUGCCCCAAGCCAGAUCUGUGACUCAGAUGGAGUUCAGCACCCCAGCUACUGCAUGCUCAAGAGCCACCAGUGUCUCCAGCAGAGCCCAUAG